AUGAUAUGUGUUCUGAUAAUAUGUGUGAUAUCAGUUCAAACUGUUGACGCCAUCGUCAUACGUAACAUUACUUUUUCCAUUCACGCUGAAUUUAGUGAUGUUGUGUUCGGUGAUGCUUUGAUAGACAACUACACUUUGGACAGCCUGACAAAGUGCGGGGUGUACUGUGGAGUAUACAAUUGUCUGUCCUUCUCAUAUAGCAACGAUACAGGGAUUUGUCGUAUAUACUCAACGUCCUUUCCUCUUUGUGAACCUACACCACUGGCAAACACGCCAAGCCCAACACCACUUCCGUUUUACCGAGAGCUCGACUAUCAGCAACGCUUCUGUCCUUGCAAUUUGGACCUAAACGAUGGUAGCUGGACGGUAAUACACCAACGUUUUGACGGUUCUGUUGACUUUGAAAGAGAUUGGGAAAAAUACAGGGAAGGAUUUGGAAACGGUCCAGAAGGAGAAUUCUGGCUGGGAUUGGAGAACAUUCACACACUAACUGGGGAAAGAAACACUGUGCUGAUGGUGGAAUUGUACGAUGUAAAUGAUGUCAGGAAAUGUUCCUAUUUUGAUACCUUCUAUGUAUCACCAGAAGCGGACAAUUAUAGAUUGCAUGUAGAUGGUUAUGUAGGAACUGCAGGUGAUAGUAUGUCCUACCACAACGAGAUGCAGUUUUCUACUAUGGACAUCGAUAAUGACUUAAGAGAUGGCGGAAGUUGUGUUGUCUCUUUCAAAGGUGCAGGUUGGCUGAACGACUGCCUCUCUCAGAACCUUAACGGUCUGUAUGGUUUUGGGACAGGUCCUGAAUAUAUGUGUUGGCGCGGGUUCCGAGAUUUUAAUGGUCUCAAGAAAGCAAAGAUGUUGAUCAAAGUGAAAGGUACCUAA